AUGUCAGGUCGGAACGCGCCUCGCUCGAAAAAUGGCUGCAGCACCUGCCGCCGUCGGAAAGUAAAAUGUGGUGAAGAACAGCCUGUCUGCAGGCGCUGCCUGAACCUGCGACUGACGUGCGAGUGGGGGGUCCCCGUGAAGCGAGGCAAGCCGAGUGCUCCGGUUCGGCAUCUGCAACCCGCGCAGCCUCGAUGGCCGACGAGCAGCGAUGUCAUCACCACUCCCACCACUCCGACCUCGCCUCCUCGCGCGAACGUGCCCAAUGGCAUCCUUCACCCCCAGUAUGCCACCACUCUGGCUGCCCUCUGGCACCACCAGGGCCCCGGAUCGGCCCCGGAUUUCACCCCGGUUUCCCCAGACGUCAUCUUCCCCGCGGGCUGGCCGGGCUGGCCGUUUCCGCCCUACGAGUACGACUACAAGCACAAGUUCUCCCACCCAUCGCCGCUCUACCCGUCACUGUCGGGAACGGACUUUGCCUGCACGAACUCGCUCGUCCUGUCGGAACAUGAUCAGAAAUACUUCCAGUACUUCCCGUCCUCGUCCGUGGUUUUCUACUACAUGAAGAACUGGCAAUGGAGCAGCUUCUGCUACCUGUAUCAGGGGCCCGCCACAACGAGCAAGGUGAUCAUGCGCAUGAUCCUGGCACUUUCGGCGAGUGAUAUGCAUCGGAAUGGCCUGGUUCACCGGUCGCCAGGUCGUCCGACGGCGGAGGACCACGGCCGGUACCACUACGGGAUGGCAGUCAAGGAAUUCCGACAGCUGCUUGAAACGCCUAAACAACAGAUCUCUUUCGCUGAGUUGGAAAUGAUAUUCGCGACGAUGUUCCUGAUGAUCACGUACGAGUGGCAGUUCGGUCAUUGCGUGCGCCAUCUCCAGCUACACCUGCAGGGGGUGCGGUCACUGCUGGAGACCCAUCCGGAAUUGUUUCAGAUCAGGGACGUCAACGAGGUGCUGCUGGCGAUGGAAUCAGAGCAGCCUGAUAUGGUAUCAAGAGCCUCGUUCAUCUCGGACCAGUUCUUACUGUGGAUGCUAUACAUCGACGUCAACCGCCGAUCGAUAGGAACGACAGACUCGCUCUAUGACUACGUGCUCAGCUCCAAAAACCCGGCUCUCCAUCCAGACCAUCUAUACCGCUGCGCGCGUUUGUGGAGCCGAUGCUUUUGGGGAAAGCGAUAUCCAGACCAGGAAGUAUCGGACGACAUGGAGAACUACCGAGGACUAGAGUUCCUGCACGUCGGCUACACCCUCUGGCAUAAGUUGUGGAAGUGUCUCGACUCGACAAACGCAACAUACACGGGCGACGAGCUCUUCACCGAGAUGAUGAGCGUUCGAGACAAAUACUCCGACCUCCUCCUCACAGCCAAAUUCGCCAGUCCUGGCUCCACCCGCCGCACCCUCAACACCAUCUACAUGGCCGUCAGCAACUUUUACGCGCAAAUCCUCUUCCACCGGCGUCUCUUUGCCCCAGUCUCCCCCCCAACAGCCCUGCACCGCCAAGCGCUCACUAAUAUCAUCGACAACGCCCACAAACAAUACACCUCAGACUCGCGCCUCCUGCGCCGCCUCCACUGGCCCCUCCUCAUGGCGAUCGUCGAAACUGACGACCCUACCCGCACCAUGUCUAUCCAAGCCGCCUGGGAGUCUUGCUCCAAGACGGACACCCUCUUCAUCCUCGUCUGCUCCGUCUUCUGCUGGCUCAUCAUCCCCGCCGUCGGCCUCGCGUACUCCGGCUACUCGACUCGUCACAACAGUCUCGCUUCCUUCUAUCCAGGACUGCUAGCUGUUGCUGUGUGCUCGAUCCAAUGGUGGAUGCUCGGAUACUCUCUCGCCUACGGCGAAGGUAACGGCUUCUUCGGGGGGUUCAGCAAGAUCUUCCAUAUCGGGGUUCUCGCUGACCCGGUUGGCUCAAUCCCCGAGAUUCUCUUCUCGGAGUUCCAGCUCAUCUUCUGCGCGACCGUGUGCGCGAUCGCGAUCGGAGGCGCUUGCGAAAGGGGCAGACUGCUCCCUUUGAUCCCUUUCAUCUUCCUAUGGUGCACCUUCAUCUAUGCCCCCCUCGCUCACAUGGUCUGGUCCGACAACGGCUUCCUCGCCAACCUCGGUACCCUUGACUUCGCUGGUGGCACUCCCGUGCACAUCUGCAGCGGUGCCACCGCAACUGCAAUGAGCGUCUACCUCUCCUACCCUCUGUUCCGAUCGCGACGCUCCCAAAUCCGCACCCCGCAACAUCUGACCCUCCACCGACCCCACAACACACUGUGCCAGCUUCUCGCGCUGAUCAUCAUCUGGAACGCCUGGCUCGCCUUCGAUGCCGGAACUACACUUGCUCUCAACUUCAAGAGCGUCAUGGCCGCCUGCGUGACGAAUCUCUGCGCCUCAUCUGGCGCCCUCACCUGGUCGAGUCUCACAUACUGGGAAACAGGGAAAUGGAGCUUGGACAGCACGUUCUUGGGCGCGAUCGCAGGACUAGUCCUCAUCACACCCAGCGCGGGAUUCGUUGACAUGAGUACGGCCAUGGGAUUCGGUAUCUUGGGCGCUCUCUGCGGAUAUCAGGCCCUGAAGAUUAAGUUCACCAAGCGGGCGAAAUUAUACCGCUGGGUCGAUAAUGGUGAUACGUUUGCGACACACUGUCUGGGAGGGUUCCUGGGCACGAUAGUGACGGGACUGUUCGCUAAGCGCGAGGUCGCGGCCUAUGACGGGGUGACCGACAUUGCGGGUGGAUGCGUCUUCGACGGAAAUUGGAGACAGCUGGGUAUCCAAAUUGUCGAGGCACUGGUUGGGUUUGUGUGGAGCUUCGGAGGAAGCUACAUUCUGUAUGCACUGAUAGAUUGCGUACCGGGAUUUGAAGUUUUGGCGACGGAUGAGGAUGUUAUUGCUGGAAUGGACAAGUCGCAGAUGGACGAGUCCCUGCACGAGGCGCAAUGGGCCGGCGAGGAAGAUUACCAUCCCUUCGAGGGUAUCCGCUUGUAA